AACCAACCAAUCACAGCCCACAAAAUCGCUUUUCUUGCCAGUUAGAAUAAUAUUAUUAAAACGAGCGAGAGAGUCUAGUCUUAGGAGUGUGUUAUGUUGAAUCGGAAUAGAAAAGGAGGUGAACGGCACUGGAAGUACUAGUAAAAGUUAGUGCUGUGAUAACUAGAAGGGGAUUGGCAUACAAAGUUGUUUUGAGUGGGACUUAAACCAGAGUUUAAACACAGUUUGCUAUCGCCGUGCAAAGCGGACUUACAGCGUUGAUUCUUUUUGUGUGGUGAUCGCCAGGGUUGUGGAUGUCUUAGUUUUAAAAGAAGUACAAAAACAGAAGAGGCGAUCAUGUCAAUGCUUCCAACUUUUGGUUUUACGCAAGAGCAAGUUGCGUGCGUCUGCGAAGUGCUCCAACAGGGGGGCAACAUAGAGCGCCUUGGUCGCUUUCUGUGGUCCCUUCCAGCAUGCGAGCACCUUCACAAGAACGAAAGCGUCCUGAAAGCCAAGGCCGUCGUGGCUUUCCAUCGGGGUAAUUUCAGAGAGCUGUACAAGAUUCUGGAGAGCCACCAGUUCUCGCCACACAACCACCCCAAACUACAGCAGCUCUGGCUCAAAGCGCACUACGUCGAGGCCGAGAAGCUCCGGGGCCGCCCUCUAGGGGCAGUGGGGAAGUACCGUGUCCGCAGAAAGUUCCCGCUGCCCCGGUCCAUCUGGGACGGCGAGGAGACCAGCUACUGCUUUAAAGAGAAGAGCCGGGGCGUUCUGAGGGAGUGGUACACCCACAACCCGUACCCGUCCCCGCGGGAGAAAAGGGAGCUAGCUGAAGCCACCGGCCUCACCACAACCCAAGUCAGCAACUGGUUCAAAAAUAGAAGACAGAGGGACCGAGCAGCAGAAGUCAAAGAAAGGUACGAAGAAAACAACGAGAAUUCAAACUCCAGCAGCCACAAUCCAUUGACUUCUUCCAUGAAUGGAAAUAAAACAAUUUUGGGGAGCUCUGACGACGAGAAAACUCCCUCGGGGACCCCGGAUCACACGUCGUCGAGCCCUGCUUUACUGCUGACUUCGAACUCUGGACUCCAGCCUCUGCACGGGCUGGCCCCGCCGCAGGGUCCCAGCGCGAUCCCCGUUUCCAGCGCAGACGCUAUGCAUCAUCACCAUUUACACGAUGUCAUCCUGAACCCCAUGUCGUCCAACUUGGUCGACCUUGGCUCCUAAAAACAAACAACAGAAGGUUCUUUUUAAAGACUAUAAAAUACAGACUCGUUUUUAUUUUUUUCUGACAUAUAAGUGAUGUACAAAAACAAAUCAUUAGCGGAUAUUUGAUCAACAAUGGGAAGGCUUGGUGGAUAGCUGUUUUUUUUUAAAGGUACCGUAUUAGAAUGUAAAAACAAACAACAAGGUAUGAUGUAAAAAAAAAAAAAAAAGCUCCAUGUUUUUUUUAAAUAUUGAUGGAUUUCAGUUGCUCGAUUUACAUGCACCUCUCCCUCCCCCUCCCACUCCCACUCCCACUCCCAGUCCCUUACCUCCAUGUUGUAAAGUUGAAAUCCUCAGAAAUACAAAGGGAAGCAGAAGCAGAGAGAACAUUGCACUCUGCUUCAGUGUGUUACGAUUCAUUUAAAUGGCGAGCUGUGCGUAUUUGUGUAAGGCCAGCACAACUUGUGCUGAGUGUAACACAGACUGGGUUGUCCUUUCUCUGAAAUUAAAUACAAACCAGUAACACUCAUUAGAACCUAUCUCAAAGCGCUUAAUCACAGCCUCUCUUCUACUGAUAGUCUUAAAGGAGAAAAAACGUAUAAAGAACCAAAUAACAGCUUUAUCACAAAGCAUUUACCACCAAGUUAACAUCGGUUUUGUUUUCUAUAUAAAAUAUAUAUCAUUGUAAAUAAAAUAAACUCAGGAACUCUAACAUUUAGCAGAGCACCCAGGAAGUUUCAUAAACUCUUUUUUUUGUAACAUGAAUCUAAAUAUUUUCUCCUUUAAAAAGCUGUCAGUUGGGCUCAGCGACUGUAGUAGUGAGUUCUGAGAACACGGGCAUCACUAUAGAGGUUAACAUUUGCAUUGCAGGACGCUGUUGAAGUUCUUAUAGACCCCGAACAGCUUACACGAAAUGUAAACGUGCUUCCCUAUUGGGUAUCUUACCUUUGCAAUGUGGUCAAUAAUGUUUACAUACUGCAGAUUUUCAUGUUAAAUAUAGAUACUGAAAAUAUCUAUUAUGAGAAAAAAAAAAUCGCCUUCAAUAGGUUUUUUUUAUUGUAUUUUUUUUUGUUUUUUGGAGGCCUUCCGCAUGUAAACAUAUAUAGCAAAUACAAGCUCGACCCCACCAUCCUUUCAUAUUUAUAUACCAUUUGCAAUAAAAGUGAAAAUUGAUAUCACCA